AUGAUGUCAACGUCCCUUGUUCAGUAUAUAUUGGUACGGACAGAUCUUAAGACGUCUCUCGCCUGGCCACUCGGAGCCAUAAUUGCCCAGGCCUGUCAUGCGUCAACCGCUGCACUUCACAAGUUCGCUAGCCACGAGCAGACACAAGCCUACCUUGCUGACCUCGAUAACAUGCACAAAGUGGUUCUUGGCAUCGAUGACGAGCCUAAAUUGGCCCAAUUCUCCGUGCAGCUGGAGGCGGAGGACAUCGACUUUGUACUGUGGAGAGAGCAGCCUGAAAAUAUUCUUACUGCUCUUGCACUACGACCCUAUAUCAAAAAGGAUGUUUGUCACCUACUAAAGCAAUUUCCUCUUGUAAAAUAA